AUGAGGGGGGAAUCGGAGCGGUGGGGGCCUUGGGGGCAUGGGGAGGGUUGCACUGAGGAUGAGCUGGGGGCGCUGGGGAUGGUGGGAGCCACAGGGAUAAGCUGGGAUGAGAGCAGCUCCAUCAGCAGCGGCCUCAGCGAUGCCUCUGACAACCUCAGCUCGGAGGAGUUCAAUGCCAGCUCCUCGCUCAACUCCCUGCCUUCCACCCCCACGGCCUCGCGCAGGAACUCGGCCAUAGCGCUGCGCACCGACUCUGAGAAGCGCUCGCUGGCGGAGAGCGGGCUGAGCUGGUACGGGGAGGCGGACGAGAAGGCACCCAAGAAGCUGGACUACGACAGCAGCAGCCUCAAGAUGGAGCAUGGCUCCUCCAAGUGGCGGCGGGAGCCUGCAGAGAGCUGCGAGGAGGGUUCCAAGGGUGGAGAGCUGAAGAAGCCGGUCAGCCUGGGCACCCCCGGCUCCCUCAAGAAGGGCAAAACCCCACCGGUGGCAGUGACCUCUCCCAUCACCCACACGGCCCAGAGCACCCUCAAAGUGGCAGGCAAACCCGAGACCAAAGCCACCGAUAAGAGCAAGCUGUCGGUGAAGAGCACGGGGCUGCAGCGCUCCUCCUCUGACGCUGGCCGCGAUCGCGUCGGCGAUGCCAAGAAGCCGCCCUCGGGUCUCACGCGCCCCUCAGCCUCCAGCUCCUUUGGCUACAAGAAACCGGCCCCGGCCACCGGCACUGCCACUGUCAUGCAAGCCGGGGGCUCAGCAACGCUGGGCAAGAUCCAGAAGAGCUCCGGUAUCCCCGUCAAGCCGGUCAGCGGGCGGAAAACAAGCCUGGAUGUCUCCAACGCGGCCGAGCCCGGCUUCCUGGCCCCGGGGGCUCGCACCAACAUCCAGUACCGCAGUCUGCCCCGGCCGGCCAAGUCCAGCUCCAUGAGUGUGACCGGUGGCCGCGGCGCUAACCGGCCGGUCAGCAGCAGCAUCGAUCCCAGCCUGCUCAGCACCAAGCAGGCCAGCAUCACGGUGUCGCGGCUCAAGGAGCCGUCCAAGAUCGGUGCUGGCCGUGGCACGCCGGCCCCCGUGAACCAGACGGACCGGGAGAAGGAGAAGGCCAAGGCCAAGGCCGUAGCGCUGGACUCCGAGUGCGUGACGCUGAAGAGCGUCGGCUCUCCUGAGAGCACCCCCAAAGCCCAGGCCAACCUCCCGCCGGCGGCCAAGGUGGCUGAGCUGCCCCCCACCCCCCUCAGAGCGGCUGCCAAAACCUACGUGAAGCCUCCCUCAUUGGCCAACUUGGACAAGGUCAACUCCAACAGCCUGGACUUGCCCUCCUCCAGCGAGCUGCAUCCCCCACACACUGCCAAGCUCCAGGACCUGCACCCAGCUGGUGGGCACCUGACACCCUGCUUCAGCCCCAGUCCUGCUCCCAUCCUCAACAUCAACUCGGCCAGCUUCUCCCAGGGCCUGGAGCUCAUGGGCGGCUUCAGCGUCCCCAAGGAGGGCAGGAUGUACCCUAAGCUCUCCGGCCUGCAUCGCAGCAUGGAGUCCCUGCAGAUGCCCAUGAGCCUGCCCAGUGCCUUUUCGGGGGGCAGCACCGCCACCCCCAGCCCUGCUGCUGUCCCCCCUGCCAGCACAGAGGAAGAGGAGGAGGCGGGUGAGCUGGGCUGGAGCGGCAGCCCCCGGCUUGCACACCUGGACAGCACCAACCGUGACAGGAACACGCUGCCCAAGAAGGGGCUGAGGUACCAGCUGCACUCCCAGGAGGAGGCCAAGGAGCGCCGCCACUCGCACACCAUUGGAGGGCUGCCCGAAGCGGACGAUCAGCCGGAGCUGCCCUCACCCCCUGCCCUCCCCAUGGCUCUGGUUGGGAAGGGUCCGCUCACCAGCAUCGUGAGCCCCACUGCCACCACCACCCCGCGGAUCACCCGCUCCAACAGCAUCCCCACCCACGACUCCACCUUUGAGCUGUACAGCACCUCCCAGAUGGGCAGCACCCUCUCCCUGGCAGACAAACCCAAGGGCAUGAUCCGCUCGGGCUCCUUCCGGGACCCUGUGGAUGACGUUCAUGGAUCGGUGCUGUCCCUGGCCUCCAGCGCGUCCUCCACCUACUCCUCCCAAAUCCGCAAGCUGCGUCGCGAGUUGGAGUCCUCGCAGGAGAAGGUGGCCACGCUGACAUCCCAGCUGUCUGCUAACGCCAACCUGGUGGCAGCUUUUGAGCAGAGCCUGGUGAGCAUGACGUCCCGCCUGCGGCACCUGGCCGAGACCGCUGAGGAGAAGGACACGGAGCUGCUGGACCUGCGGGAGACCAUCGAUUUCCUGAAGAAGAAGAACUCAGAGGCCCAAGCCGUGAUCCAGGGUGCCCUGAAUGGCACCGAUGUUGCUCCCAAAGAGCUGCGCAUCAAGCGGCAGAACUCCUCCGACAGCAUCUCCAGCCUCAACAGCAUCACCAGCCACUCCAGCAUCGGCAGCAGCAAAGAUGCCGACGCCAAGAAGAAGAAGAAGAAGAGCUGGCUGCGUAGCUCCUUCAACAAAGCCUUCAGCAUCAAGAAGGGGCCCAAGUCGGCCUCGUCCUACUCAGACAUUGAGGAGAUCGCCACGCCGGACUCCUCAGCCCCGUCCUCCCCCAAGCUCCAGCACGGCUCCACCGAGACCGCCUCGCCCUCCAUCAAAUCCUCCACCUCCUCCUCCGUGGGCAUCGACACGGCUGAGCUCUUCCAGGCGCAUGGUGAGGGCGAGCCGGAGAAGAAGGAGGUGUCAGAGCUGCGCUCGGAGCUGUGGGAGAAGGAGAUGAAGCUGACGGACAUCCGCCUGGAGGCCCUCAACUCGGCUCACCAGCUGGAGCAGUUGCGGGAGACCAUGCAUAACAUGCAGCUGGAGGUGGAUCUCCUGAAGGCGGAGAACGAUCGGCUCAAAGUGGCUCCGGGGCCCUCGGCGGUGCCGGGAUCCAUUCCUGGCCACAUCACCAGCACGUCGGCCUCCUCGUCGCCACGGCGCUCGCUGGGGCUCUCCCUGGGCCAUGCCUUCAGCCCCAGCCCGGGGGAUGCCGACAUGUCUCCCAUGGACGCCGUCAGUGCUGGCACCCAGAAGGAUGAGCUGACGCUGAGGAUCGUGGUGCGCAUGCCGCCCCAGCACAUCAUCAAGGGGGACCUCAAGCAACAAGAGUUUUUCCUGGGCUGGACCAAGGUGAGCGGGAAGGUGGACUGGAAGAUGCUGGAUGAGGCUGUCUGCCAGGUCUUCAAGGAUUACAUCACCAAGAUGGAUCCUGCCUCCACGCUGGGGCUCAGCACUGAGUCUGUUUAUGGCUACAGCAUCAGCCACAUCAAGCGGGUCCUGGACACGGAGCCGCCAGAGCUGCCGCUGUGCCGCCGGGGCAUGAGCAGCAUCGUGGUGACACUCAAAGGCUUGAAGGAGAAGUGCGUGGACAGCUUGGUGUUCGAGACGCUCAUCCCCAAGCCCAUGAUGCAGCAUUACAUCAGCCUCCUGCUGAAGCACCGGCGGCUCAUCCUCUCGGGACCCAGCGGCACCGGCAAGACGUACCUGACCAACCGGCUGGCCGAGUACCUGGUGGAGCGCUCGGGCCGGGACGUCACCGAGGGCAUCGUCAGCACCUUCAACAUGCACCAGCAGUCCUGCAAGGACCUGCAGCUGUACCUCUCCAACCUGGCCAACCAGAUCGACAGGGAGACGGGCACGGCGGACGUGCCCCUGGUGAUCCUCCUGGACGACCUCAGCGAGGCGGGCUCCAUCAGUGAGCUCGUCAACGGUGCGCUCACCUGCAAGUACCACAAAUGCCCCUACAUCAUCGGGACCACCAACCAGCCUGUGAAGAUGACCCCGAACCAUGGUCUCCAUCUCAGCUUCAGGAUGCUGACCUUCUCCAACAACGUGGAGCCAGCCAAUGGCUUCCUGGUGCGCUACCUGCGGAGGAAGCUGCUGGAGUCAGACACGGACGUCAACGCCAACAAGGAGGAGCUGCUGCGUGUGCUGGACUGGGUGCCCAAGCUCUGGUACCACUUGCACACCUUCCUGGAGAAACACAGCACCUCCGACUUCCUCAUCGGUCCCUGCUUCUUCCUGUCCUGCCCCAUCGGAAUCGAGGAUUUCCGGACCUGGUUCAUUGACCUGUGGAACAACUCCAUCAUCCCUUACCUGCAGGAGGGGGCGAAAGAUGGGCUCAAGGUCCACGGGCAGAAGGCAGCCUGGGAGGACCCCGUGGAGUGGGUGCGGGACACCCUGCCCUGGCCAUCAGCACAGCAAGACCAGUCCAAGCUGUACCACCUGCCCCCACCCACCAUCGGACCCCAUAGCACUGUCUCCCCCCCUGAGGAGCGCACCGUCAAAGACACAACGCCCAGCUCCCUGGAUGCAGACCCCCUGAUGGCCAUGCUGCUGAAGCUCCAGGAAGCCGCCAACUACAUCGAGUCUCCGGACCGUGAAACCAUGGUGGAUCCCGACCUGCAAUCGACUCUGUGAGGCACGCACAUGCCGGCCCAGGUGCAGGGGGCGGCCGCCGGGCUGCCUUCCUCCUCCUCUUCCUCCUCCGGUAGCCUGGAGCGCAGG